AUGGAAAUAAGUGGUGAAGUCCACGUCAGUGAAUCGGCCGGGAAUUGCUCCACAUCAGCCCAGUCGACGCCAACAAUUGCCAACUCAGCGCACUCCGAUCGGAUUUCGGCGACGGGGACCGAAAAUGUCGAGCUCCCGUUAAAAACUCCUCCCAACCUCGCCGUCGUCUCGUUUUUCUAUCCACCCACCUCCAAGGACUGCACGGUGUUGGGGAUCCAAACUCCAAGUUAUGAAAACAUAUCGAGGAUUCACGUGCUGGGGCACGGAAAAAAAAAAAAAAAAGGGUGGUCGGGCUUCGUGCAAAAAACGGCAUCAAGAUUCCUGCCAUCGCGUGGGGCCCAGAUUCUCUACCGAGGGCUUGUUUACUUCUCGGAUAUAAAGGGAAAUGUCGCCAGUGGCGUAUCUAGAAUUCAAAUCGGCUUCGUGCAAAAAACGGCAUCAAGAUUCAUGCCAUCGCGUGGGGCCCCGAUUCUCUACCGAGGGCUUGUUUACUUCUCGGAUAUGAAGGGAAAUGUCGCCAGUGGCGUAGCUAGAAUUCAAAUUUAUCCGAGGCUGACUAAUGCACUUAGUUGGGUGAAGGGGCUCGACGGGCUUUUCAGGGCACUUGCCUUCGGAGACGAGUGCAAGGUGAGAGUUUAUAGGCUCUUGGAGGAGUUGAAGAGGUGGAAUUUGGUAGAGAAUUUCGGGGACAAGUUUCAGCCUCGUGUGCCGACCCAUACUACACCCUCUUCCUCUUCGACCCCUCCAACCUCCGGUCGGUCGAGCUCACUCCUCCCAACCUCACUGUCGUCUCGUUUUUCUAUCCACCCACUCGAGGACUGCACGGUGUUGGGGAUCCAAACUCCAAGUUAUGAAAACAUAUCGAGGAUUCACGUGUUGGGGCACGGAAAAAACGGGUGGCCGGGCUUCGUGCAAAAAACGGCAUCAAGAUUCCUGCCAUCGCGUGGGGCCCAGAUUCUCUACCGAGGGCUUGUUUACUUCUCGGAUAUAAAGGGAAAUGUCGCCAGUGGCGUAUCUAGAAUUCAAAUCGGCUUCGUGCAAAAAACGGCAUCAAGAUUCAUGCCAUCGCGUGGGGCCCCGAUUCUCUACCGAGGGCUUGUUUACUUCUCGGAUAUGAAGGGAAAUGUCGCCAGUGGCGUAGCUAGAAUUCAAAUUUAUCCGAGGCUAACUAAUGCACUUAGUUGGGUGAAGGGGCUCGACGGGCUUUUCAGGGCACUUGCCUUCGGAGACGAGUGCAAGGUGAGAGUUUAUAGGCUCUUGGAGGAGUUGAAGAGGUGGAAUUUGGUAGAGAAUUUCGGGGACAAGGUGUUGUACCUUAGCUCCUUCUCGUCAACACGACUCGUACAGCAGCCACGACCAACACGAUUAUGUUGCCCAAAUUUUACGGCGCUAGUGCUGUUUUCUACACGUGCGAAAAUGCGUGUUGCAUUACGAGAUUGGAUCUUGCCACGUGGGUGA